CUGAGAAGAUCACCGGGGCAAGUGUGUUUUCCAGGAGGUAAAAGUGAAGCCAGUGAUAAAGAUGAAAUUGAUACUGCUCUCCGAGAAGCUAAAGAAGAAGUUGGACUCCAGCCAGAGAAGGUGGAAGUGAUCUGUAGGCUGGUGCCUGGAAUUGAUAAGAUGAAUCAUUUGGUGACACCAGUUGUAGGAUUUAUAGAGGAUGCAUUCCAGGCCACUCCUAAUCCAGAUGAAGUGAGCGAGGUUUUUUUUGUGCCUUUGGAGUACUUCAUCAAGCCCUUAAAGUACAAGGCCUUGUCCUAUAAAACCUCAUCAGGUUCCUUAACUCUGAUGCACUGCUUUAUAUAUUAUGACCAGGAACAUAAAAAGUCAUUCAAGAUAUGGGGACUUACUGCACACUUUGCUGUAUUUCUUGCUCUUGUAGUUUUUGGAGAGAGACCUACCUUUGAAGUGGAUUAUGACCUUGACAACUUGAUUUCAUCCUCCGAGAAUUACUUUAAUAAUUUGUAUGCUUCUAUAUAUGAAAGAAAGAAGAGUAAUCUAUGACAAACUGGUCUGGCAAUCAGUUUAUACUGAAGGAGGAAAAAGGGUUUUGUUUAUUCCCACUGUACCUGUUAUUUGUUUGAAAGUUACACUUGAAUUUUAUUCUGAAUCGGGAACUUCUUAAAGCUUAUUUCUAACUAAUGUUUUUCAGUUGACUAGAUUAACAUAAUUUUUAAUCUCUUUUAAAGUUGCCAGAAGCACGCAGCAUUUUUGAUGAAACACAGUUCUGGAAGGUCUGUUUCAGUUCCUGCCUCUGUUUUGUGUGAUCGGAGAUACUUUCUAUGGUUUGCCUUCUGUAUAAUGAGAUGGUACUAUUGUAUCUAAUUUGUGUCUCUUUGAGUUGCAGUAUGAAAGCUUCGGGGGGUCUGCCUGUCUUUUUAUAUGUGGCAAACUACGUAUGGACAACACAAUGGAUACAGUCUGAUGUGGUGUCUUUAAGCACUUACAAAACGCACAAUAAAAAUAUUAAAAGUGUU